AACAUGCCUACACGAAUCACAGACAAAACCACAGCAGCUAAACAAACACCAAGCGAACGCUCAUCAUUUCCCCCGCGCCUCCAGGACAGAGAGACAGAAGAGACACGGUCCCCAAUAAAGAAAAAGGACUAGGUAGGUACGGUACUUCUAGGUACGUCGUCGUCACACACACACGCCUACUUCCUACACACCUGCGCUCCCGUCCAGUCCAGUCCCGCCCCGCUUCGGCCCGCGCAACGACAUCCACUGGGCUGCAUCCAUGCACACACCUAGGUCCAUGUCCCCGUUGCCGCCCCAGCCCCAACGAGCCGAACAGCCGCCCUCGCUCGUCUGGACUCGUCCAUCCCCUUCCCUCCCCUCUGCAUCCCCACACACCACCACACCCCACCGCACCCCACGACGAAGCGCUCGCUCACCCCCACAAACAACAGCAACAGGUACCUCCUCCCCCCGCCCCAGCCACGCACGCACACACGCGCAGAGACGCAGCGUAAGCGGGCCCGAGAAGAAGACAAGAAAACAGGAAAACAACAACGCAAAAUCAGGAUUUCGGCCAGCAACAGCAAGAAAAAAGCAAGGUCAGAGACAGCUAAAGGUUAGAGACAGAGAAGUGAAGAACGCGGAAACGAAAGAGGGAAAAGAAAAACCAAACCACAGCUGCGAUUCGCCCGCACCUCGCCGUGCUUGCCCGUCCAGGGGAGGCACAGAAACAGGCGUGCAGCCCUGGGCCGAGCGUGUGCUACCGGCUUCGAUGAUAGUAGUAAGUAGUAGUAGUAGUGGUCGUAGUCGUAGUAGUUAUUGUUGUCCGAGCAGCGAGCUGGUGUAUGCAUGCAGUCCCCCCUCCCAAGCAGACCAAACAAACAGCAGAAAAGAGCGUGAGGGAAAGCGAAGUCGAAGCAGAUGUGCAAAAACAGAUACCCCGCCCGCACUCGACUGUACGCUCAUGCCUGACGGACGGGCUGUCAAUGCACAGCCCGUCGCGUCCGUAUCGAUAUGAUUUGUGGAGAGCGCCCAAGUGAGAAGAAAAGGGGAAAGACAGCAGCCACCAAUUCCCAUGGUUUUUCGUCGCUUUGGAGACGGAUGUCAAAGAGACUCCCGGCCCCGACGCUCGUGGG